UUGUGUUUUGGUUUCACCUCAAUGAGCCGAGGAGGGAGCGAGACAUUUAAACAUCACGCUUCACACGCACACGUCCAGGCAACACGCACAGCCCGCGGGUAACAGCGGAACUAGCCCGUCCUCGGUGUGACGGUUGACUGCUAGCCUGCUAAGCUAGCGAAGCUAACAACUUUUCGUUCAUUAUUGCUGGGGCACUUUUCUUUGUUGCUAGCUAACGGGUAGCCUGUCUUCACUACAUCAUCGCUGUUGUGUCCGUUGUUUAUUGGUCGUCGUCACUGAACCGGACACCGGCGCAGACAGAUGCACGUGUGAUUCGUGUUUUGACCGCCACUCCCGAAAUCUGACGUAGAGGAGACCACAGAGUUGGAGAACCAGAUCAACUGGUGCUGCCAGACCCUCCCCAGCAUUUGUAUAUUUUGAUACAGGUUUACUCCAGUCUUGUCUCCCUGUCCGACCGUCCAUGACAUGGUGGUUACGGUGGUGUUGAUGAUGGACGUGUGAGGAGAAAGCCCCUGUGGUAUCUUGGCUGCACCACACACUUCCUCAUGGAUUCCGGCAGUGAUGAUGCACUUGAUAUCAUUAUCACCAAUGUGGUGGCGACCUUUAGGACCAGGUGUCACCUCAACUUACGCACCAUUGCCUUAAAGGGAGUCAACGUCAUCUAUAAGCCAGAAGCUGGGAAAGUCCUGAUGAAGCUUCGUAAGCCCAAGAUAACGGCCUCUAUUUGGUCCUCAGGGAAAAUCAUCUGCACUGGAGCAACAAGUGAGGAUGAUGCGAAGCGUGGUGCUCGCAGGUUAGCACGCUGUCUGCAGAAACUAGGCUUCAAGGUGAGGUUUUCAGCCUUCAAAGUCGUGAAUGUGCUGGCAGUUUGCUCCAUGCCCUUUGCAGUCCACCUCAUAGACUUUACAAAGAACAACCGCCCCAUUGCCAGUUACGAACCUGAGCUCCAUCCGGCUGCCACAUACAGGAUCAAAAAUAUCAAGGCUACUGUUCAAGUGUUCUCCACUGGCAGCAUCACAGUUACAGGACCAAAUGUUCAGAAUGUGGCCACGGCUGUGGAGCAAAUCUACCCGCUACUGUUUGAGUGUAGGAAACCCCUCCGCAAAUAAAGGAAAUGCAUGCCGAAGAAGACAGAAGACGAAGUGAAAGAGAAGACAAGACUGAGGAAGCACCUUAUCUGUGGACUUCAUUUGCUUGAUUUUAUCACUACAUGGCAACAGCCCAUCCACAGAUGUCUUAAACAUAAUCGACGGGUCAUAUUUAAACACCUGGAACCUCAGCAGCCCCACUU